CAAAAUUAAAAUAUAUAGAAAAAAGAGACACAGAUGGAUAUUGGGCACAAGCAUUUUACCCAUGGCCACAACCUCACCUUGAACCAAGCACAUGAAGCAGCCAAAAUGUCGUGCUCGGGCUGCAACUCAUUGGUCAUUGGGACCAUGUACAUUUGUUGGCAAUGCAACUUCGUGUUACACGAACAAUGCUUUCGUGCAACCCGGUCACUCAAACACCCGUCACACCCUUCUCAUCCUCUCACCUUGUUUCCUUACCCAACUUAUCCCUCCAAUUCAUUUUACUGCAAUUCUUGUAAACUAUCUGGAACCGGAUUAUCCUAUUCAUGUUCGGAUUGUGAGUUUGAUCUUCAUGUCUAUUGUGCUCAGUCUAGUUCUAACAAUACGAAUACCAAUAAUCCUGCAACACUCACUCAAGUAAACAACUAUUAUCAUGGUCAAGAAGCGAUGUCCCAAAGUCAACAAUAUUCUUAUGUAACACAAAAUGUUUACCCUCCCAGUGCUCAAAAUCAUAACCCAAUUACCAAUCCUCAACAUUCUUCCAUGAAUUCAAAUAUGCAGGAGGAAGAAAUUAGUCUGGCUAGGGAGAAAGAACGCAUCAGGAUGGACGCACAAAGGCAUGAGAUUGUGUUGGAAAGGUAUCGGUUAGAGGCUAAAAUUCGUCAAGAUUGCAUAGACCUGAUUUAGUGGCAUACAAAAACUGGUGGUACAACAAUUAUCAAUUAUUACUAUUUAUUUUCUUUAUUUGAUUGUCAUUUCUUGGUUUCAUUCUGUGUGAUGUUUCUAUAUGCCUUGUUUUUCGAUUCUUUAUUUCAU